AUGUCCUUUUCAUCUAAAGGAUCUCCUAAUGCAAGCCGCAAGAACACCGGAGUAGUACCUCUGAACGAUGGAAGCAUUGAGGACAGCAUCGACGAAAGAAGCUUAUCAUGUGGCGGCGAAGGAUCGGGUAAAAAGAAUAUAGCCAGCUCCGGCGGUCACCUUGAACCCUUAUUGUCCUCUAAAUUAGGGAACUUCCUGCCCGUGGCUGGUGAAACUGGUGAUAACCCAUCAAAUAAGAAGCAGAAGCUCGACCAUUUGAAUACCAACACAUUAUCCGAGGCUUCUGAAAUGGAGAAGCUACUUGCCAAACUCUCUCCCAGGCCUCAAUCAACAGGUGUCCAAUCAUUAGUUGAUCUGGGAGCCCUCGCCAAGCUAUCCGAGCAGCAAAGUUCCUCUGACGGGGCAAAGCGCGUUUUGACAGGCAAUAGCGAAAUCCCGGACAACUAUAUGGAUGCCGCCAAGUUGGUUAGCAUCCCCAGCACGUCCGCAUCCAAGCCAUUCGAUAUUUCUGCUUUGAUAGACACGGCUAAACCAGAUAUUGCACAGACAGGUGCCUCAGAAGUGUAUCGCUUGAAGCAAGAGUUGCUUGCUGCUAACUCAAAAAUCGCCUUGCAGGAACAGGAGCUGGCUCAAACACGAGUAAUCAAACAUACUUUGGAUCAAGCUCUUGGCCCUCCUUCUGAAGGGGACUUCAAUGGCCGUGAAGUGACUGAGCAGACAAUAAGCCACUUACAGAAUGCUUUCAAUGCUACCAACCCUUCUUUUAAUCAACUUCAUGAUGGAUGGAAUGGACAAGAAGACUCUCAGUCAGAUAUCUCGGAUGCACUUUCCGCUGGAGCAUACAACAGAGCCCGAGGUUUCUGGAUCUCGCCCACGCAACACUCGUUCAGCAUGAGUACCAAUGCCUCAAAUCCUGAUAAGCCCUACGCCGAGGCCUUACCAAUUCCUUGUAGCCCAUUUGGUCAGGAUUCAAGCAGACUAUGGAGCACAUCAAUCCAGGCCCCUAGCAUUCCUGGGCGCGCUUCCCUUGGAUCCCAGCGAGUGUUCUCCGGCUCAUCCGAACCCAAUAUUUUCGACACAAGAUUUCCCGGGGAGCAAGCUCGAUAUUUGCAGGGACCCGGUUUCGGAUCACGCAGACCUGUCACCCAAUCCAGUCGUGGUGGUUCUUGCUUCCCAGCACAGAACUCUCCCUGGGGUACAUUCACUUCUGGCUCUCCGAGCAUUCCUACCUCUAGGUCACCACCUGGCCGACAGGGAAACAAUUACCAACAAGUCGGUCUUUAUCCAGUUCCUUCGUAUAACCAACAAUCGGUUGGGACUCCGCUUUCUCCAACAGCGGCUGAAUUCACUUCGGCAACCAACUCCACCAUUGUACCGUGGGCAUCCUCGCCGGACGGAGGGAAUCCCACCCAAACAUAUGUUUCGCCUCUGGAACCCCUUAACUAUCGACGACUUCUGGACAAAAAUGUUUCCUGUGACUGGAGAUAUAUCGUGGAUAAGAUCGUUUGCAACAAUGAUCAGCAAGCCUCUAUCUUUCUUCAGCAGAAACUCAAAGUUGGAACAGUUGACCAAAAGUACGAAAUUAUAGAAGCCAUCGUACACCAGGCUUACCCCCUCAUGAUCAAUCGCUUUGGCAACUUUCUCGUUCAACGAUGCUUCGAACAUGGGACCCCGGAGCAAAUAAUAGCCAUUGCCAAUGCGAUCAAAGGCAAUACUUUAAGUCUUAGCAUGGAUCCAUUUGGAUGCCAUGUUAUCCAAAAGGCGUUUGAUUGCGUACCUGAGGAGCCCAAGGCCAUGAUGGUCCAUGAGCUUUUGCGCAGAAUCCCUGAAACAGUAAUACACCGAUAUGCCUGUCAUGUCUGGCAGAAGCUCUUUGAGUUACGUUGGAGUGGCGAGCCUCCCCAGAUCAUGGUCAAAGUCAAUGACGCGCUACGUGGGAUGUGGCAUGAAGUCGCUCUCGGAGAGACCGGUAGUCUUGUGGUUCAGAACAUUUUUGAAAAUUGUGUAGAGGAUGAGAAGCGCCCGGCAAUUGAAGAGGUACUAGCAAAAAUCGACAUGCUUGCUCAUGGGCAGUUCGGCAACUGGUGCAUUCAGCACAUAUGUGAACAUGGUGCCCCUCAUGACAAGAAUCGUGCCGUCGAGCAUAUUGUCCUCUGGGCAGUUGAUUACAGCAUGGACCAAUUCGCAUCAAAAAUAGUAGAGAAAUGCCUAAAGAUCGGGGGUUCUGAGUUUUUGGAUCGUUAUCUUGCCAGAGUAUGCACAGGACGCACCGAUCGGCCGAGAAUGCCUUUGAUUGAUAUUGCCGGUGAUCAGUAUGGUAAUUACCUCAUCCAAUGGAUCUUAAUGAAUGCUGCACCUCAUCAGCGUGAGCUGGUAGCAAGUCAUAUAAGGAAGCACAUGGUUUCGCUCCGUGGAUCAAAGUUUGGCUCACGCGUGGCCAUGUUAUGCUGCAACCCAUCUCAUACAACACGCCCCGGACCAGGUGCUGGCAUACAGAUAGGCCGCUUCAACAACUUUGGCGAUGAACGCUUCCAGGUGUCAGGACAACACGGAGCACGCUUUGGUCGCGGAAAUCAAUGGAACCCUGGCUAUCCACCCUUUCGCUAGGGAAACCGGUCGAGAGAGAUUUCUGCUUGAUAUGGAAGGAUACGCUAAAAAGAAUUAGACUCUGGAUCCUGGGUAAGCGGUUGUUCGAUCCCGGUACGGCGUUGAUAGUAUGGUUUUCGCUCUAUUUCUCCCGAAAUCUUCGAACAAGAGCAUCGUCUUUCGCUAUAUCUAUGUCAUGGAUACUUUUGAGCCUUAUCUUUGGCAAUCAAGACUGGAGGAGUAUGAAGGUGUUAAAAUGUGCGUUGGUGAGUGAAGGGAAAGAGCUGUCAGUGGGUUUCUUUUGUCGACUCAUUGAUUAACGGGCAAUUCGUUUUUCAUUAAAAUGGUCAAAAUCUUACGGAAGUACAACCAGAAGUACAAGUGUGGGUUGUUUGCGCAGAAGCUUUGGUUUACAGAGAGAGCACUACGUGUUGCGAGUCUACCUAUCGAUGGCCAUCUUUUACGUCCCAUUUCUGAUCAAUUCCUAACCCUGUUGACUAUUAUUCCCAU